AUGAAUCGCUCACCAGCAAGUCGCUUCUUCCGAAAACCCCACGAAAUCCUCGCAUCAUCCUCCAUUCCCUCCACCACACCCUUCUCCCACUCCCGAGCCCGGAACCGAAGCAGCGGCGGGAGCUCUGUAUCCUCACACCAAGGCCAACCAAACCUCCUCGUGGAAUCCUCCUCUUCCUCAGACGAAGAUGGACCUCCAAACGCGGCAUCCUGGCGCCCUCGGUCCAAGUCACAGAACCGGAGCGUGUCUCCUCCUUGGAAUGUGUUGAGUCCUCAUUCUAUACCCUUACUGCCGAUGCGCAGCGGAGCUUCUGGUCAGGGUACGGGUGGUGGGGGGAAUUUAAUGAGUAGGACGCCGAGCCCAUUCCCGCGGAAUAGCGGAGAUUUGGAUACGCUAGGAAGUGGGGGUGGUGGUGCUGGCUGUCACGAAUGGAGGAUUGGGAAAGGGAGUGAGUCGGAGAGUCGUGGGUUUGCAAAGUGGACACGAAAUGGUAGGCUUGGGUGGUGGCUGUGGAAUACACAGAGGGGAUGGGUGAUGUACAUUGGGCUCCUGGUGACGUUUUACGAAGGGGCUGCAUUCACACUUUCAAAGGUUAAUGGGUUUACGCUUCUUACUGGCGUUUAUAAAUUUGUCUACCCGAUUACCACAACUCUCUUCCAACUAAUAAUGACACAAAUAUUCCUUUAUUUUGCCGCUUCAGUAACUCGCUCGUUCUCUCGCUCAUUACACACACUCGGACUAGGCAGCAUGGUAGCCCCGCUGCCCACUCCCUCAAAAGGCAAGCGGCGGGCAUCGGGGGGCGGCCUCCGAGACUUUGCAAAGCAAUUGGCUACCGGGAGCCGUGAGGGGUGUGUCUUUGAGCUUAAAUGGACGGAAGCCAAAAAGGUCGUUCCCGUCGCCCUUAUCUAUAGCUUAAAAAUUGUCCUUAGCAACAUCGGCUUUGCCUACACAAACCCACCAAUCUACCACCUCUCCCGCGUCGGCUCCCUCCUUCUAGCAAUGGCCUUCACCCACCUCUUCACAACCAACUCCCUCUCCGUAACCACUAUGUCCUCCUGCAUAACCAUGGUCCUCUCCCUAGCAAUGGCGGUCCUCCGCCCUGGCACUCGCUUCGCAAUCGAGGGCUUCCUUGCCGGGCUCUUCUCAACAAUAUUCGUAGCUGCAUACCCAAUUCUCCUCACGAAGGCAUACAAAUCCGUUCUCCGCGGGAACCCCAAUACCAUUGGCUCGGGCGACCUCUUGGGCGUAGGCCCAACAGACGGGAUGCUCUCCACCGACGGAGGAGAGGAGACGAGAUCCGCAUGGAAGUUACUGCAUUACGUAAACGUGCUCAGCAUCACCAUGAUCCUGCCCUGGAUAUUUCUCAGUGGAGAAUUUGGCGACAUUAGUCGCAACUGUUACAUCCUUGACCUUCCCUGGUUCUGGCUGAUGGGAUUAUUCAGCGGCCUGGGAGCGUGGGCUACGUUUGUUAGUGGAUUUUUGUUGCUUAGAGCAACAACACCACUAACAAUGGUAGCUUCAACUUACCCUAGAACAGCCUUUCAAGCCCUCCUCAUGCACGGCUCCGCGCCAACAUGGAGCUGGGUUGGUGUGCUCAUGUGCUGGGGGAGUUCAGUCUGGUACCUCCUCGGACGCAGGAAGGAAUGCGGCGUUAGCUUCUUUCACGCAAAGGAUGGCAGGGGCCUAUUUGGCGCAGAUCCUGCUCAGCGUCUAGAGGAAGCUUGAAAUCCCGUACCUCGGAUACGGUGGUGGUUUAAGUGUUGGUUGUUUUUGUGCUUUUUUCUGGUUUGCACGGCAGUUUUUUGCUAUCGAUGAUGGGUGGAGGUGAUACCUGUAUGAUAUAUAAUUCUUGCGAUUUGU